AAAUGUUCACUACGAGACUGAUCGCUAACUCGCAUCUCGUAGAUGUGGUCCUCAGUUGAUGCGAGAGUUCUGCUGUCCGCAACGUUGUACAAACUUUUUUAUUUGUACAUUUUAAUUUCAACUCCUUUGGGAUCGAAUUCUCUGAGAAAUCUAAUGUUUGUUUAUUAAAAUCUGUCCAAAGUUUGCACCUUUUAGAGACCCUUUAACAGUGUGCUGUGAAAUUAUGUUACUUCAAGUAAACCUACAUACCUGAAAUAGAUCAGAUUAAAGAGCAUGUUAGUUUCAUCAACUGCAAUAAUUAACUCCUCAUUGAGAGCAGCAUUGAUAUAUUUCACUAUCAAGCAAUAAAUCACAACAAAACAUGUUUUGAAUGAUUCAAGGGCAUCCUUAUGCUAGUUAGCUGAAAAACACUACUUUUUAGGUCUAAUUAAUAUUUGUGUGCAGGGUUUAACCCACAGCAGCAUUACAGAAUAAAACUGAAAUUAUUCAGGCCAUUUCAGUGAGUGAAAUAAUUCCUUCAGCAAGUUUAUUACUUAAUCAAAGCCAAUUCAUUUCAAAUGCCAAAAAAAGAAGCACUUUUUAAAAUAGUGUUAUAGUCAUAUACAUCCUGAAUAAAUUAUAUUACAUUUAUCAGCAUGUUAACAGUGGUUUAUGGACACACACACACACACAUCCUGAGAAUCAUUACAGCUGUCCUCAUUACCUUACCUGUUGUUCUCGGGAGCGCGCAAAUGCGGUGCGCGUGAGCGCGCAGCAGUGUCCUAGCUCGUGCGCGCGCUUCAGGCAGACUCCGGUUCCAGCUGAACGCACCAUCAUCAUCAUCUUCAUCUUCAUCACCCCUGAACCUGUCAGCAUGUUUCUUCUCCGCUGUAUCGUGUCUUUAAUUGUGCUGCUGUUGGCUGAGAGUGGAGUGGGCCCGAGUAAUUCCCCAAGCAGUUACUGUACCGAGUCUAAAGAGUGCCUGCAGUUUGAGUUGGUGUGCCAGACGGAGGAGUAUGAAGUACGACACUACUCUCCUACUCGGUGGGUGUCAACUGACGCUGAAGCUUAUCUCAUGGGCGUUGGGGCAGCCAUGGCCUUCAGACGUCUCUACCAGUACAUCACCGGAACCAACCAAGCAGAUAUUCAGAUGGAGUUGACUGCUCCAGUUCUAGUCGAAGUACCAGAAGAGACUCACACAUGGGAGCCAGCGCUCUACACACUGAGCUUCCUGCUCCCUUCAGUCUUCCAACAUGAUCGUCCUCCUGCCCCGACCAAUGACAAGCUGUAUUUUACAGAGAUGCCUGAGAUGGAUGUGUAUGUGAGGAGUUAUGGUGGAUGGAUGCUCUCAGUCUCGUCUCGACUUCACACACACCUGCUAACCAAAGAACUACAGCGAGUUAACGCUAACUACAACCACACACACCACUACGCCGUGGGCUACGACAGUCCUCUGAAACUCUUACACAGACAUAAUGAGGUGUGGUAUGUGGUGAACGGUGAGCCGGUGUGCAACGGAACGAUGCGUAAACCCACUCAGAGCACCACCGCUAAUACUGCUACUGCUAUCACUGCUAAUACUCCUGCUACUAGUGAUCCUACUGCUACUGAUUAACCAGGAGGCGCCAGUGGAAUUGCUUGUGUGAUUCUGCAUCUGUUUAGCAGAUACUGUAAGCGAACAAAACUGGGACCUCCGUAUGAAGACUCAGUUAUCAACACCAUCCCUAUAGUUUCACAAGAAUCUUUUCUCGAGCAUCCAGCUAACGGUGAAAAAUUCUCCAGCUUAGCUUUUAGAAAAAUGUGUUAAUGCCACGCACUCUUACUGAAAAGGGUUCCUCAUGGGUUCUUUGGUGCUUAAGGCAGUUUAACUUAAAACCUUUGGCGAAAGGGAAGUCUGUUGUUGUUGGCUCUACUAUUUAGGAUGUCCACAUUUGUAGAAAGCAGCAAACCCUUCAAGAUGCCAGAUGAAGCUUUCUUUUUAAUAGUGUAAUAUGUAUUUAUGUUACUAUGUUGAGACUUUGUUAAGGGCUGUCCUUGAGUUUAUGAGAUAAUGGGUAUGUCUCAAUCAGUGAGUCAGUAGAUUGUGUACAGGAGUUCGGGCACUAGGACCCUGGAUUACUACACACUGUGACGCUGAUGACUCAAUUUCCGUCAUCAUGACGACGUAUUCUCGUUGUAAAAUGUCGCCUCUGGUGUUUAUCAACAACAUGCAGCACUGAUAUCUUUCUGACGUUAUAUGUCGUAUAAAUUUAUUAGCUUAAUCACAUGUGUUUCUGUCACGGUGCUUCAAGCAGGAUCGUAGACUCGCUAGUGGAUUUAUUUAAAUCAUUAAACACUUAAAAGUCGUUAGACUCAAACACACCGUAUAUAUAGAACAUCAAAUAAAGUUAAAAAUCUCUAACAUAAGUAAUCAUCUGAUAGCUACAACAACGAUAACAAGCUACUUAUGUUUGUAGAUGAAGUUGGCUGAGAGUUCGUCCGCCAUUUUUUUUUUAGCACUGAGAGGCUUCAGAAAAUAUGACGUCAUUUCCUGUAAGGGAACGUAGUGAGCAUCGACGCUCCCUGGUUUUUUCGGUGCAUUGUGGGAUUUUUAAUGGAAUGAAAGUUCCAGUGCACUGGAAGGACUUUGCGAUUGAGUCAGCACUUAAAAUGGCCGCUUCCCUGAUCAGCAUCCUGACGACUGAACUAGCGAGCUGAUUGAGACGCACCUUGUGUUUAUUAUGUUUUAAUUUGCUGUAUGUUUAUAUAUCAAUGUCGUGACUUUGGCUGCUUCAGGAAUCAGGAUUGACGUGAUCACGUCAUGUUUCCAUCUGAUGUAAUUGUGAUAUAAUACCAUAAAUCUCCACGCUGCGAACACUAAUAAAACAAUAUCACAUCUGCUAA